AUGGCAGGACCUUCGCGACAGCAGCUUCCAGGCUUUGCUCUUUGCAGCAAUCCGCGGAAAUCCUUCGAUCAGCUCCAAAGCUUUGGCUCCAGCUUCCUUGAGCGCUUUGAAGGAGCUCUGAUGCCGGAAGAAGAGGUGCCAGUACUGGGAUCCCUGAGUUUCGUGGACACUCCUGGGGUGCUCAGUGGUGAUAAGCAGCGCAUGGGUCGGAGCUAUGACUUUGAAGGCGUCAUGGGCUGGUUUGCAGAGCAUGCGGAUUUGGUCAUCGUUCUCUUUGAUCCCAAUAAGUUGGACAUUAGCGAUGAAUUCCGGCGCUGCUUAGAAGCCUUAGGCAAGAACAGCGAGCGCAAAGUCCGCUUCGUUCUGAACAAGGCUGAAAAGCUGGAAAGAUUUGAGCUGGUGAGAGUCUUUGGAGGUUUGAUGUGGUCCUUGUCGAAGGUCAUCAGCAGUCCGGAGAUGCCAUACAUCUUCGUGUCGGCGGCUGCCGAGCGGUGUGCAGACCUUGCACCCGAAGCGCGGGACUUCUUCUUGAGUGAAGAGGCCAAGUUGCGACAAGAAGUUUGGCAAGUCCCCUGUGACAACACCACCCGGAAGGUGAACGAUCUCCUGCGUCGCGGCCGCUUGCUGCGCUGCCACACGCUGCUGGUGAACCAUCUGCUGACGCUGCAGGGCCCCUUCGGACGCCGAAAGCUGCUGCGCGAGACUCUGGCAGAUCCGGUGAAGCUAGGAGCUGCCUGUGCUCAGGUGGCUCAGGAGUCUAACAUCCCACUGCAAGAUUUUCCAUCAGCAGAGAACUUGACAGAACUAUUUCGCAAGUUUGGAGAUGUCAAGACAAUCAAGCCCGUGCCAUCCAGCCUCUUCCGCGCAGCAGAGGAAGCCCUGAACACGGACAUCCCUGUGCUCCUGGAGCGCGUGGCAUCGGAACGAGAGGAGAUGAUUCAGCAGGGCAUCCCGGGAGCAGAUGGCCUGCUCAAAGGCAAAGGCUCAGGACACAAUGAGCAAGUAGCCACUGCAACUGAGAAAGGAGCACCGGCAACCCGCGACUCAAAGAAGGAUCUGUCACAAGCACAAGAAUCGCAGCAUGAAGAAGGCGAGAAGAGCCGGCAGUUGGAAGAUUACAUCCGAAAGGCCUCGGCCCUGGAGCUGGAACUAGAGGAGCUUCGGAACCAUCUGGUGGAUGCGCAGCAGGACCGUCCCAAAUUUUGGCCCAAGGGUCCGGCAGGGUCCGGCAGCACAGCCAUGGCACCUGGUUGGAGUGUAGUGAUGCACCGUCCGGACUCGGUCCGCGUUCCUUCGGUGCAUAGCAUGGCAGCUGCGAAAGUUCAACUGAAGCUGCUAGAGAGCGCCAUUUUUAAGGCAGAACAGGAGCUGGAGGCAAGCUGGGCCAAGGCGUGCUUCAGCCAAUCUCCUGUGCCUUAUGUUGAUGAGGAAUGGGGCAGUCCAUGGGCGGAGCUUGUGGCACAAACCACGGCCAAACUCUGUGGCUUCCAAGAGGCUCGCGGCAGGUUGCUAGCUCGAAUGCAAGAACUUCGCCUCGAUGAUGACAAGGCUUCCGAGAGUGACAGCGACACGGAGGUUUGCCCGGCCCGGAGCACUGCUGAGAAUGCAUUGAACGUGAUGAAAGACUUGCUGGCGCAUCACUUGGCCGAGCAGGCCGAGCUUCGCUCCGAGAACCACGCCUUGAUCGCGCAGAAUUCCGAGCUCCGCAAGAAGGAGGCAGUGUGGCGAGAACGAACUCAGCAGCAGCAGAAUCAGCUGGAACACCUCGAGCAGCUCAAGGCUCAGAUGGAGCAGCAGCUAGCUGAACUCCGGGCUGAGCGGAGCGCCGAACUCCGGGCUCAGAUGCAAAGCGCGCAGCUUAGAACUGCAGAACUGCAGAAGGAGAAUGCCACGCUGAAGGAGCGCUGCUUCCAGAAAGAUUGGUGCGUGAAGAAAAUGCUGGAGCAGAUGCAGAACGUCAGAGGUGACGUGCCCGAACUGUGCUCGCGUGACCAGCCUUGGGAGGACGAUGUGUCGAUCGUCAGCGACCUUUCUUCCUGGGUAUGCGUUGCAAGCAGCCAGCCAUGCUUUUUCUUGGCCGAUGCGACCUUCAAGACGCCAAGUGGACAAGCUUUGCAGGCCUGGCAGCUCUGCAAAGGUUCAGAGCUCCUGGCGGCCGAUGGCCAUGGCGUUUUGGAGGUCUUGGAUCAUCCGCAGGAGGUCUUGGUGAACGAAGUGCUGGAGCUUUGGGCUGGCGACGUGAUCCUUCGGGUGGUGCCAGAUCAUUGCAUCGCGCUGGGCGCCGGCGCCGGGACAAAGAAAGCCAAGGAGCUUCUACCAGGAGAUCUGGUCACCGUGGACGGGCAUCCGGCUGCCUUGAUCCAAGUAGAGACCAAGAGCAUGUCAUGUCCAGCCCCUGCGAUCAAGGUGAUCAUGGGCCCUGACAACAUCCCCCCCCUGAUGGUGACCCGACGCCUGAGUGAGGAGAGUCCUUUCGGGUCCUCGGUGUGAGCUGAUCUGAU